AGUGUGGAUAGCGUAGAGCCUCUUAGGAAAAAGACAAUCGCUACAGCUGGCGUCAAACGGGGCAGACACCCCUACGGUGUGCGGCCUCUGGGAAAUUAUUGGACGGAGGGGAUGCCCGAUAAGGGCUUGGGUCUCCGUGCCUUUGCCACCCUGGCCGACGAUGUUUUGGUCCACUCCGUCCUCUUCGUCCUCGACGCCGUCACCUUAAGUCGUCUCUCCCGGUGUUCCCGCGCCUGGUACGUCUACAGCCACGCGUACACUGACGUGUGGAAGGCCCUGGUGCUUGGCAAGCUGGCGGAAGGGUGA